CGGUUUAAAAUUGUGCUGUUUUUACACUUCGGUAAUAAUAGAGUUUCAUAGAGGCUCCUGGAGUUCGGUUUUCGGGAGGAGGAGGCAGAAUAAAAACAACAACAGAAGACGGUAAGGAGAAAUGUCCUACCAUUCGUCCUCCCGGAGCUCGUCUCGGGCCGCCGACUGUAAAGUGUAUGUCGGUGACCUCGGUAACGGCGCUGCUAAGGGCGAGCUGGAGCGAGCAUUUGGUUAUUAUGGCCCGCUGAGGACCGUGUGGGUGGCCAGGAAUCCACCAGGCUUUGCCUUUGUGGAGUUUGAAGAUCCCAGAGAUGCAGAGGAUGCUGUCAAAGGCAUGGAUGGAAAGAUCCUGUGUGGUUCCCGUGUUCGUGUGGAGAUGUCCACUGGUCUCUCCAGGAAGGGCCGCGGACGCCCCAGCCGCCGCCAGUUUGACCCCAAUGAUCGGUGUUACCAAUGUGGGGACCGGGGCCACUACGCUUACGACUGCUACCGCUAUAGCAAGAGGGGCCGGCGCAGCAGCAGGUCUCGUUCUCGGUCCAGGUCCCGCUCCAGGUCCAGAUCCCGUGGCCGACGUUAUCAGUCUCGCUCCCGCAGCCGUAGCCGUAGCCGCAGCUACAGUCGGAGCCGCCGUAGAUCUCCAUCGUAUUCCAGACGCAGAAGCCGAUCUGGGUCCCCAGCACGGUCCAAGUCCAGGACUUCAGUGAGAAGUCACUCUAGGUCUCGGUCCCGGUCAGGCUCUGCCCCCAGGGGGCGCUCUGUGUCCCGUUCCCGCUCUCGAUCACCAUCGGCUAACCACAAGAAGGCCAGCGUGUGGUGGGAGCUGAGCACUGCACAGACACCGCCGCUGAUCCCAGGCCCAGGGUCUGCCAGCUGGCGGUGUGCACGUCCUGCGGGAGGUUGACUAAGCGCUGACCUGAGAUCAGCCUUCGCCUGCAUCUGAUGUUAGACAGCGAGAAAGAGGUCGACCUACCGACCGAACCCUCCCCCUCAGUGAACGGAUGACUGUCUGUUCAACCGACGCACACGCUCAGACGAGAUCAGCCCGCACACACAUACAGUUGUUCUACUAGACUCACCCAGCCAGCCUUCAGAUCUACCAGAGGGCUGACCCGCACAGAUCAGAGUUCGGCCUUAAAAAUCCAUUACCUACUACCAACCAGACCCCCCCUACCUACCAGAGUUCUUCGCCUCUGUCUUAGCUUCUGAAAGUGAGAGAAAGAGCUGACGAGAGAUCAGUCUUCAAGAGCCUCCAGUGUCUCUCCGAGUUGUAGUCCUCCGUCCUUCAGUCCUUUGAUCCUUCGCUUCUCUGUACUUGUUGUUUCUGCCGCUGUCUCCAAAGGUAACCAAAAAUCAACCCCCCUGACAAGCUCAUGUUCAUGGUGACAGAAAUGUUCAGGCUUGCUAGAGUUGAGCCUUAAACAAGCAUGCUGAGAGUGCGACUGAAUGUGGGAGUGACUGGAUGGGUGAACGUGUGCGACACAGACAGACACAGAUGAUGUUAACAGGUGUAAUGAGAGGAGGGUGUUAUUCACACAUGCUGCCACAGCUUUGUCCUGUAAGACCUGUUAGAAUAAGAUGAUUUAUUAGUGUCAAUAAUAUAUACUUAUUUGGCCUUUGAUUUACAGUUAAUUUUCCAAAGAUGAAAACAAUGCAGAAUAUCCAUAGGUGUGUAGUGCUCCAUCUUCUCCUGUUGCCAUCUGAUUCCUUUCCAUUUCUGUUUCAGUCGCUCCCGCUCAGCAAGUCCAAACCGAAGCCCUACGCCCGCAGACGACUGAGUGAGCUCCCCCUCACCGCUGUCCUAAUCGGGCAGCCCCUCGACAUCCUGUCUGUUUUUACAGCCCGGCAGCAGCUGUCUUUUUUUUUUUUUUGUAUUAGUUUGUCUUGUUUCUCUUAUUUCCAGAUUAUUUUUUUACCUUCAGGACUGCCGUCUCUACAGCUUCAUAAUGUCAGGAUCUUUUGUCUGUAUCACAGAGAGAGACAUAGAUAGGAGUGGUUUUUAAUUGUUGCUGCUAUGUAAGUAAUCUUUAUUUUCCAAAUUGUUGCGCAGGUAGGAUGCAACGCCUUUAAUUCAUUUGAUUUUUUUUUUUUUUUUUAGCAGUAAAAUUCAGUUCUUCCAGUAAAGAUGUGGGGAUGAUAAACUAGGACGUGGAUAUGAACAUAAGUUGAUGUAUCGGCAAAAACUUUCUGUUCUCAGUUGUUGCUCGGGUGUAAAAUUGUUUUAUGUAUUUGUCUCCCAGUCGCACCAUUUGACAGAAAAAGUCGGUCUGCAUGCCUUUGGAUUUGUUUUUUCUGCUUUGUUUCCCCUCAUGAACCUAAUUAAUGUCCCUGUGCUGAAUUAUUUUCUUCCUACCUUGGGUUUGUGGCUCUGACUGGGUUUUAAAAUGCUUGAGUUGAUGCAGCUUUUUUUCUUGUUUUUGGCUUUAGAAGUAAACGUGUGGCUGUAUUAUUUUCAAAUAAACAUCUUCAUCAUCUUA